AUGGCUGGCAGUCGCGGACGGCUGUUGAAUGCCUUCGGAUCGGACUGGAACGCAACCGGUGGAAAUGCAAACGAGAGCCUCUUCAGCGCGUUGGACGACAUUGGUGGCGAAGGGCAGACGGCGGAUAAUCGGCAGGAUGAGCGAAUCCAGUUCGAUAGACUGGAGUUCGAAAGUCCGGCAGAUCUGAUGCGACAUCUGUAUUAUACCUGUUUGCGUUCCAAUGUUACAGAGAAGCCAUGGGAGCCGGUUGGCAACGAAAAGUUCUGUCCCCGACGCUUCGACGGAUGGUCUUGCUGGGAGCCAACCCCUGCCGGAACGGUGGCGGAAAAUUUUUGUCCAAAGUUUGUGCUCGGUUUCGACCAUCGUCGGUUGGCCUAUCGGACAUGUCAUGAAAAUGGUUCCUGGUUCGUCCAUCCACUGUCCGGACGGGAAUGGUCCAACUACACGAACUGCGUCGAUACGGAAGACAUGCAGUUACGACGUUUGGUAAACGACAUUUACAUCGGCGGAUACUCUGUGUCUUUUCUGACGUUAAUAAUAUCGCUGUGUAUUUUCAACAGCUUCAGGACAUUAAAAUGCACCCGCAUACGGAUACACAUCCAUUUAUUCACCUCAUUGGCACUGAGCUGUAUGUUUUGGAUCGUGUGGUACAAAUUCGUCGUGGAAGAUCCGGACGUGCUGAAAGCAAACGUGGGCUGGUGCGUCGGGUUGCACAUAUUACUCCACUACCUGAUGCUGGUCAAUUACUUCUGGAUGUUCUGCGAAGGCUUACAUCUGCACCUGGUGCUCGUUAUUGUCUUCAUCAAGGAUAUUGUCGCAAUGCGUUGGUUCGCCACGAUCGGCUGGAUAUUGCCGGUGCUGCUGGUGUCCCUGUACGCCCUCGUCCGGAACGCGCAGCCACACGAUACGGACCACUGCUGGAUGGACGAAAGCCACGCCAUGUGGUUGCUGACGGUCCCGGUUUGCUGCUCCCUGGUAGCCUCGCUGAUUUUCCUUAUCAACGUGGUGCGGGUACUGCUCACGAAGCUUAACUCCACGUCACCCCAUCCCGCCCCGCUAGGGCUGCGCAAAGCCACCAGGGCAACCCUCAUACUCAUUCCACUGUUUGGGCUACAGCACAUCCUGUUGCCCUUUAGGCCGGAUAAGGGAUGCCAGCUCGAGCGGUACUACCAGAUCGGGGCCGCACUCCUCAUCAGCCUGCAAGGCCUGUGCGUGUCGUGUCUGUUCUGCUUCGCCAACCACGAUGUCAUCUUUGCGGUGCAGUGCUAUCUGAGCCGCUUCUUCCCCGACAUCGUGACGCACCCGUUCCUCGAGAGCAACGGGGGCCAGCCGGCGACGCAAAGCCGGGACGUGGUCGUAUGA